AUGGGUGGCUACAUUCUUUUUCUGAAGGCAGCAAGGACACGGUGCCCCAGAAUCAUGCCCCCUUUGUUGUUGAUGUCCGCCUUCAUUUUUUUAGUGAAUGUCCUGGGAGGAGCCCCAGGACACAACCCGGACCGCAGGACGAAGAUGAUAUCAAUACACAGUCUCUCGGAGCUGGAGCGUCUGAAGCUGCAAGAGACUGCUUACCACGAACUCGUGGCCAGACAGUUCCUCUCUGAAUUCAAACCUGACCGAGCUCUGCCUAUUGAGAGUCCAAACACCGUUGAGAAGUGGUUUCUGACUCUGAGAGGACAACAGAGGGGUUCCUCAGUCGUAUCACUCAAGACGUUUGGCGUUCGUCUGGAAGAGGUGCUGGUGAAUGAGUUUGCCCGCGGCAAGCAACUUGAACUGAGAGCCGCUAUGCAGGUUGAAGAUUCUACGGGUCAGACUGCAGGCCGCCGCCGUCGUCGGGGAAACGUGGUGCGAAGGAUGCUUGGCCGAGUGAGGCGCUUUUUCAGUCGCAGACGGGAAGAACCCUCCUUACCCCGGGAGUUCACUCGCCGUGGGCGCCGAGGUGCAAUAUCUGUGGAUAGCCUGGCUGAACUGGAGGACGGGGCCUUGCUGCUGCAGACCCUGCAACUUUCCAAGAUUUCCUUUCCAAUUGGCCAGCGACUUCUGGGAUCCAAAAUGAAAAUGAGCCUCAAUCCGAUUGCUAAGCAAAUCCCCAAGGUUGUUGAGGCUUGCUGCAGCUUCAUUGAGAAACAUGGCUUAACCACAAUAGGGAUUUUCACCCUGGAAUACUCCAAGGAGAGAGUGCGUGAGCUCCGGGAAGAAUUUGAUCAAGGUCUGGAUGUAGUGUUGGAUGACACUCAGAAUGUGCACGAUGUUGCCGCACUUCUCAAGGAGUUUUUCCGUGACAUGAAGGACUCUCUGCUGCCAGAUGAUCUGUACAUUUCCUUCCUCCUAACAGCAACUCUGAAGCCACAAGAUCAGCUUUCUGCCCUGCAAUUGCUGGUUUACCUGAUGCCACCCUGCCACAGUGACACCUUGGAGCGUCUGCUGACGGCCCUGCAUAAAAUCACUGAGAACUGCCAGGACUCCAUUGGCAUUGAUGGACAGUUGGUUUUUGGCAACCGUAUGACUUCCAGCAAUUUGGCAUUGGUGUUUGGAUCUGCUCUCCUGAAGAAAGGGAAAGUUGGCAAGAGGGAAUCCAGGAAAACAAAACUGGGGAUUGACCACUAUGUUGCUUCUGUCAAUGUGGUCCGUGCUAUGAUUGAUAACUGGGAUAUUCUCUUUGAGGUGCCUCCCAAUAUUCAGAGGCAGGUUGCUAAGCGUGUGUGGAAAUCCAGUCCUGAAGCCCUUGAUUUUAUCAGACGCAGGAAUUUGAGGAAGAUCCAGAGUGCACGUAUAAAGAUGGAAGAGGAUGCUUUACUUUCUGAUCCAGUGGAAAACUCUGCUGAAGUCCGGGCUGCUGUCCUUCCUCAAAGCAAGCCCUUUGAUGAAGGUUCCUCUGAGGAGCCAGCUGUGCCUUCCGGCACUGCCCGUUCCCAUGACGAUGAGGAAGGAGCGGGUAACCUUCCUAUUCUGGAGCAAGACCGCCCAUUGCUCCGUGUGCCCCGGGAGAAGGAGGCCAAAACUGGCACCAGCUACUUCUUACCUUAGAUGGUUUUCCUUCUAUAAGGUGCAGGACAGGGGAAAAGGGUUGGGGUAUAUCUGAAAUAUCACAGGAAAUAUUAAAGAGUGUGUCUUGAAGGUAAAGAUUUGAGGGUGAGAAGGAGUUCCACCUGAUGCUCAGGUCAGGCUGAGAAGUCCAAACACACUGCCAGCCCCUUCACUGGGGAUGCUUGGUCCCUUCAGCUGGUAAAAGCAGAGAAGUUUCUGUGUCAUACCCAGGAUCCCUGGGUGCUAUCUUGCCUUUCUCUUUUACCCCUGAUCCUGGCUUUUCCACAUUACAGCCCUUCCUUUAAUUGAUGUGACAUUUGUGGUAAACACCUGUCUCAGAGAAGCUCACAAAUCUCGAGGUGCUUUCCCUCCCCCAAAGAGGAAUUGCAUGUUUUCCUGACUUUCCUAUUCUACUCCUGAGAGCUCAAUUGGAAAGGCCCUCAAGAGGCAUGCUAGAAUGUUAGGUCAGCCUACUGACUGCUGACAAACAAUCAAUGCUAAACCAUGUCACACCAACUCAGCCGUGUCCCCGCAGCAACUCCACCACCUCAGGCUAUUUCUUUUUGCCAAAUUAUUUAGACCAAUGGCUGGUCAAACAACGACUCCCAAAAUUAUGUGCAGUCUUGCUCAGGUAGAGCCAACAGGGCCAUCUCAAGUGUAAGUCUAACUAGCUUUCCUUUGGUCAAAUUUAGAGGAAAAAUUUGAUUUUAAUACCUUGAUUUGUUUUACAGACAGCUGGUGUUCACACCCUGUUGUCAGCAAAACAGCUAGUUAGAUAUGGACACAUAGUUCCAGCUAGUUAAAGUCACCUGAAUACAAAUAUUAUCUAUCGUCUCUGUAGUUCCUCUAUGCAGGACGUUACAAAUUUGCGGGACAUGCUCUGGUAACACAUAGAUAUGGGCUAUGUAUGACAUCCAAAAUUAUACCUGAUAUUGAGGCAUAACAACUGCUAAUGUCCAUAGACUGAAGAGUGUAUUGUAUUGAGGGAUAGAAAUUGUUCACAUAUUGGGUAACAACCUUAGAGCUCGAAGAUUUGUGAUUGUUAAAACUUCUCUGGCAUUUAAUCAUUAAUAAACAUCUGUAUUGUGACAGCAGCAUA